AUGUACGAACCACAUCAUCAUCCACAAUCGAAUGGAAAUGAAGAUAAUCUAUUGAUAAAAGAGACAAUACUCGAACAUGAUAUAUCUCCUAGAAAUUCAAGAACGACAAUUCACUGGGGACCUGAUCUCGAAGGUGAUAUAAAUAUCAAACAACCAAUCAAUACAGAUACUGAACAUUUUGAUGCUCUAUUUGCACGUUCGAAUGCUUCACCUUUACCACCACCCCAUCCUCGUUGUUAUAGUUCGUGCUCACCCUCUACUGUUCCAUUUCAAGUAUUUACCGAUAAUUCAUUACAUAAUUAUGCAAAAUCUCAGCCACAUUUAACAUCAUCUUCUCAUUCAGCUAAACAACGUGAUGAUCGUCGACAAUCAGUUGUAUCAUCAACAAAAAGUCAACAUUCAAGUUCAACAUUAUCAUCAAAUUCAGCUCAAAUGAAAAGAAAAACAUUUUUUUUAACUCAUAUUGCACAAGCACUUCUUCAAACAUCAAAUUCUCAAUGCGAACAGUUGGAACCAUUAGCACGAUCAUGUUCUUAUAAACGUCCUCAAUCGAUAAAAAAAUAUCGACAACAAAAGAAAGGAAAAGAAAAGGAAAAAGAAAAAGAAAAAGAAAAAGAAAAAGAAAAAGAACAGAAAGAAUAUUUUCCUUCGCGCAAAUAUAGCACAUAUAACAAUAACAAUCUUCACACAGUCGCUUUCUAUUCUGGUCGCAAAUCGAUUACUGGUGCACCAUCAAGAAUUUCUGCAACUGAUCUUAUGGCAACUGAUGAUCCACAUGAUCAAUGGUCAAGUCCCAAAGCGCAUCGAUCAGGACGAAUUGCGCCAGCUGCUUUUGCAACCAAACUCAUUGUAGUAACUUCAUUGAUCAUGACAACAGACGUAAAAACUAAUUUAUUGUUAUAUUCUCCAACAGGUUCUUUACCACUUGAUCAAUUACAAAUACCUCAUGAUGGUGACGAAGAAAUCUAUCGUGUAAGACAAUUUAAUACAACAUCAAAAGGUUUUGUUAAUCGAGGUGAUUCAUUUAAACGUUCAUUUAAACGAAGUGGAUCAAUAAGUCGUCGAGGUUCAUUUCGUAAAACCGAACGUACACCAUCACAAGAACAUAUUAGUGAUUCUCUUUUAUUAAAUAAUGAAAUACGUACAAGUAAUAAUUCAUUAACAAAUUCUAAAACGGCACCAGCUGGACCUAAUCUCAAUGGAAUACUUGAUAAUAAUUAUAUUGAUUCAACAAUUGAAAAUAUAUCAUCAUCACCAGUUAUUAAUGAUAUAGAUGAUGAAGAUGAUAAUCCACAUGUUGAACGUAUUGAAACAGAAGAUGGUCAUGUACAAGAUAUACGUGUUUAUCAAGUUUAUUUACUUGGUAUGAGUGGAACAGGAAAAUGUUCACUUUUAAGACAAUUUAAAACAACUGAAUAUAGAGGAAUUUAUGAUUAUUCAAGUUCAGUUGAAGAUGAUCCUGACAAUACAGUUUCAAUAAUGCUCGAUGGUAUUGAAUCUCGUUUACAUAUAAUAAAUAUCGAUGUUGAUCUUAUAAAAUGUAGUGUUACUGGUGAUGCAUAUGUAGUUGUAUAUUCAAUAACUGAUCGUCAAUCAUUUCAAACAGCAAUUCAAUUAAUAAAAAAUAUUCGUGAAAAAGAAUUAUCAAAUAAUGAAAUAUCUAUAAAACGUUAUAUACCAAUUAUUUUAGUUGGAAAUAAAUCAGAUCUUGUACGAAAACGUGCUGUAACAAAGGAAGCUGCUCGUCAUGCAGCACUUCGAUAUGAUUGUAAAUUGGUUGAAACAUCAGUAGCAAUUAAUGAUAAAGUUGAUGAUUUACUUGCUGGUACAUUAAAACAAAUUCGUAUAAGUGAACAACAACGUUUUGAACAACGACGACGUUUAACAGUAACAAAUGGUACAAUAGAUAUUGAUGAUAUUGAAGCUGAAAAAUUAACCGGUUCAUCAUCACUACGAAAAAGUUCAACAAUACAAAAUCAAAAUUCUAAAAAUUUUUUUUCUAAAUUUUUGAAUGUUUUUCGACGAAAACCAUCAAGAUUACCAGCUGAUGUCGAAAAUUUAUAUACAGGUAUUCGAUAA